UCUGUCUUCGCUACUUCGUAUCACACUUUACGUGGGUCACAAGCGAAAUCUGAUUCUUAACUUGUAUAACGACAAAGCCAUAUAUUAGGAGUGAUAGGCUUAUUGCCACAACUUCAACCAAUAUCCCUCUAGUCUGUACCCAUAUCAUGCAUAGUGCCCUAUUUCAAGCAAAAUGGAAUCAAAAUUGCCAUCAAGUUGUGUAAUAUUGGAUAAAUCUACAAAAUCGCCAGUGCUACCGGGAUGGAUUUCAAGUAUCAAGGAUCGCAAAUAUGUUUUGAAGCUGAGAAAUAACCGCGAUUACAAAAUAAGCGCACGUUCGCCGAGGAGGAGUCAUACAACCGGAGACGUAGACCAUAAAAAUCAGGCGUUGUUAAUAGAAGCACUCCCGAACGAGAUUGUGCUCAAAAUCUGCGCCGAAUUGCGAUUCCACACGCUUGUUGAAUGUAAAUCCGUGAGCAGGGCAUUUUAUACCGCUGCAUGCGACCCCUCAUUGUACACCAAACUACCAUACAAAAUAUGGGAUGAAGCUCUCAAGCGACUUUCUUUCCCCGAGGCCAUUGAUAUCGCGCGGUCGUAUCCUCAGCUUGAGACUUGGAAUUUCAUAUCAGGUCACGAAAUCACGGAAAGCUCUCUUGCAAGUCUUGCACGGGCAGUUCCAAACUUGAAACGCAUUGAUAUCACAGAGGUGGAUUCAGGGCAAGAUUUGCAAUUGCCAAAGUAUUGGCCAAGGCUUGAGAAGCUGGUUGCUCUCGAGCUGCCUGCUUAUGAUUUGUCAUGUUUGGUGGAGCUAGAAUUGCUAGGGGGCCACAAAAUACUGCCUGCUAUCGCAUCAAAAAGUCUUCUCAAAUUAUCGGCUGGUCGUACUUCUUGUGUUCAAGAUUUGUUGGAUAACUGUCCUAAUAUGAGGAAUCUAAAACUGCACUGGCAGUCGAUAGAGGAAAAACUAAGUAGUCCAACGUUGAAACAACUGGCUGUUUUCUGUGUCCAAGCCAGAGAUGCAUUGCACGGUUGCACAACUUUGCAAGAAUUAGAAGUCACCCAGGUUAGUUCCACGAUGUUCAGCAGGUCUGCAAAACUUCUUCGCAUCUGGACUGGGAACGCACCCUGCUUUCUACUCGACAGUUUUCCCGAGGUGACAACUCUGGAAUGUAAUGGCCGUUUCUCUACUAUAGAUGAGGGGUUUGCGUCAUGUCAGCUACAGAAGCUUGAGAUUGCCGGCUCGCUUCCGAAUAGCUACGGGUUGCCAAAUGUGACUAACUUGGUUCAGAACAAGACUUCACUUAGAUGCACUCGUCUAUCCGCUCUUAAAAAAUUGCACAUGACGAAGUUCGUAGACAAGCAAGCGCUGAUCGACACACUCUUACAGUGUCCUGAUUUGCACACUAUACAUCUGCAAUGUGCCGUGCCAUGGUCAGAUGGCACUGAUGGCCAUGGGACUUCAGUGAACAGAGUUUGGACUGACUUUCUCGAGUCAGGGUUCGGUGACAUGGUGCGAGUUACAGUCGGCGAUGAAUUGAGAGGAGCUAUGCCGCCAUCGUUUGAAAAGUUGCUGCGGGAGCAUAAGGUUGGAUAUUUAACCUCAUCAGAUUGCUCUAUGUAUGCGUGAUACGUAUGUGUACACACUAUCAAGAAGUAGCUUCAUAUAUAGUAAACGACACGAGACAUAGACUUUCGAAUCAGAUAUUAGUAAAAGAUAAAAAAUAAACUUCGCGACAUUUCUCGUCUGUUGUAACGCCACA